GUGACCUUUGAGGACAUUGCUGUGUACUUCUCCUGGGAGGAGUGGGGGCUCCUUGACGAGGCUCAGAGACACCUGAACUGCACCGUGAUGCUGGAGAACUUGGCACUCAUAGCUUCAUUGGUUUGUUGGCAUGGGAUGGAGGAUGAAGAGGCACCUUUUGAACAGAGCGUUUCUGGAGAAGUUUUGUCACGGGUCAGGACUCCAAAGGCAGGUCCAUCCAACCAGAAGACUCACCCCUGUGAGAAAUGUGUCCCAAUCCUGAAAGACAUUUUGCACCAGGCUGAUCUACCUGGGCAGAAACUAUACUUGGAUGGAGCAUGUGCAAACCUACACCAGCUUCAGAAGCAUUACACUGCAGAGCAAAGGGAGGUAGAGAGGGCCUCAUCUGUAAAGAGCUGCAUAUUCCAUAUGUCACGGAAUCCCUUCACCUGUAGGAAGGUUGGAAAGGAGUUCCCGGCCACAUGGAGCUUUCUCCAGCACCAGGUCAUUUUCAACAGUGAGAAGCCAAACAAAAUCACCAAGUGUGGGGAGGCCUUUCAUAGUGGAAAAAGUCAUUACAAAUCACAUGAUGGGAAAGCCUCGAACCACAAACGAAGUCUUGUUUAUCACCCAAGAGUCUCCACUAGAAAAAGGGUUUAUGAGACCAUCAAAUAUGGGAAAGCUUUUCGCUGCAAGUACUCACUUGUUCAGCUCCAGAGAGUCCACAUUGGAGAAAGGCCUUACGAGUGCGGUGAAUGUGGAAAAUCUUUUAGGCAAAGAGCUACCCUCAUUAUACACCAGAGAGUUCACACUGGAGAAAAGCCUUAUAUGUGUGGUGAAUGUGGGAAAUCCUUUAGUCAGUGCUCCAACCUUAUUGAACACUGCAGAAUCCAUAGUGGAGAAAGGCCUUAUGAGUGUGAGGAAUGUGGGAAAGCCUUUGGGUGCAAAUCCAGUCUCAUAAGGCACCAGAGAACUCACACUGGAGAAAAGCCUUAUGAAUGCACUGAAUGUGGGAAAUCUCUUAGACAAAGCUACAGCCUCGUUGAACACCAGCGAAUUCACAGUAGAGCAAGGCCUUUUGAGUGUGGCCAGUGUGGGAAAUGCUUUAGCAGAAGAGCUAUUUUCACUAAACACCAAAGAAUUCACACUGCAGAAAGGCCUUCUAAGUGUGGUGAACGUGGGAAAUCCUUUAGUCGAAGCACCAGCCUUAUUCAGCACUGCAGCAUUCACACAGGAGCAAGGCCUCAUGAGUGUGGCCAGUGUGGAAAAUCCUUUAGGCAAAAAUCUGUUCUCAUUCAACACCAGGUAGUUCACACUGGAGAAAGGCCUUAUGAAUGCAGCAAAUGUGGCAAAUCCUUUAGCCAACGCUCCAGCCUCAACCUCCACCGUAAAUUUCACACCCUGGAGAGGGCCCAUGAAUGCAGGAAAUAUGGGAAAUCCUUCACUGCAACAUCUGAUGUUGUUUAG